CCAACCAGUAAAAGUAGAUAACAGCAGAGACAAACUUUCAAUCUGCUUUAAUCUGAAACUUGAGUCUUGGUAGAAGAGGAAUUUUAGCUGUAGGAAAUAGUUAUUGGAGGUACGUUAAGAGUCCUCUCUUCAGUGAUCAAUAAAUCAACAACUUUAUAAGCAGUAGAAGUUCUUGCAUCUGGAAAGCUGACCCUAGCUACACCCUUCAGUGCCAAAAUUGGUUCGCACAGAAGGACAGCCCACUGAACAAAAUGUCAGCUUUCAGCAUACGAAAACAGUCUUCUAAUCAAAGCGAUAAUCAGAGCCCCUCUGUUGCAAUUAAAAGCAAACAGCAGGCUACUCAUGAUGUCAAUAAACGACGGACCCUUUUGCAAGAUAACAGCUGGAUAAAGAAGAGGCCUGAAGAGGAAAGUGCUGAUGAAAACUAUGGAAGGGCUGUGCUUAAUCAAUACAAGUCCCAAGAUAGCCUCAACAGCAGUAGCACAAAUGAAAAGGAAGAUCAGAAAGCUGUACUUGGACGAUACAGGUCUGAUACUAACCUGGAUAGAAUUCCAGCCAGAAGUAAUGACGAUAAAAUAAAUAAGUCCCCAACUCUGAAUAACAAGCAAGGCAACAGAUUGUCUUGGACUCCUAAUGCAGCACCCACAAACACUGCUACAACUUCUCCAAUCAAGAAAAAAAGGCAAUCUUGGAUGCCUCCUCCAGUUUCGAGUAGUAAGACCACAACGGAAAGAGUGGAAACUAAAGAGACCGCUUCAGAAAAUUCAGAGGAUCCAGUGACGACUACCUCUUCCUCAGAACAGGUGACCCCUCAGAAACCAAAGACUGAUGGGGAUGAUCAAGCUAAAGCAAGGAACCAAGACCUCGAUAACAACACCAAAGUGAAUCCAAGUUCUUUCAUAAGCGACAAGGAAGGAAAAGACGUUGAGGAUUUUACUGAAAUGAGCACUGCCGAUCAGAAGAAUAAGAGAGAUGAGGAUCUUGGUGAUAGCACUGAAGGAAAACCUGCUGAUGACCAAAGUAAAAAGUGGAUAACGGAGCAAGAAAAUGAAAAUCCUCCACAGGCUACAAAUAAUCUUCCAGAAACAAAGUAUUCAACUGACAGUGAAAGAAAGACCAGCAAAUCAUCAUAUGGUGCCCAUGAAGAAAAUAUAACUGGAAAUACUAUCAAAACUGUUUACUCUACUUCUGAUCGGAGCAUAAUUGGAAAAGAUAUAUGUACAUACUGCAGGAAGCCUCUGGGCAUAGAUGCCAAAAUGAUCUUAGACGCCUUGCAAAUUUGCUGUCAUUCAACUUGUUUCAAGUGUGAAGUAUGUAAAAGACCACUGGAAGAUCUGAAAGCAGGAGACAGCAUUUGGAUUUAUAGACAAACUGUACAUUGUGAGCCUUGCUAUUCCAAAGUUAAAGAAAAAUGGAUCUACUAAUUUUGACAUACGGAAAGCAUAAUAAAGAAGUUCCACUAGUGUUUAGUUAAGAGCAUUGGCCUAUUAAUUCAAAACAUAAUGGAAAAUGAUUGAAUUUUAUUUCUAGGAACAAGUAUUUUAAAUGGAGUCCUACUGCAUGGUUCCCAAGGGAACUAAGGUCAUGAGAAUUUAGAUGGCUCCUCAUACGCACAUUUCAGCAAGCAAAUCAAGAUACUGUUCAGUAUAUUAAUCAGAUCUGUGAAACUUCUAAACUGUAUGUAAAACUAAUGAUAACUUACUGAGAUUUUCUGAACAGCAGGACAUACCUACACAUAAGUUGAAGAGGCUGUGUUUUCUCACUGCAACCACAUCUCAGAUAGAAAGAUCUGUUAUCUUUUCCUAGUACGAAGAUUAAUCUCAUCAAAGAUUCGUCAUUUAAUAGUCAGUUAUUCAGUUUAAAUUACUGUUAUCAUAUAGAGUGAGGUGGGUUCGCCCUCUAUUGAGAAGAGUCAUCAAACUCCAGAGGAAGAUUCUUUCCAAGUAACUGAAAUUAUAACUUUAAGAUGUGACAAAUAAUCUCUGGAAAAUGCAUCUCUAUUGCUGCAGAGGGAUUCUAGACAAAAAUUGUUAGAGGGUUUUAAUUAGAAAUGUCCCACUCUGUGUUUGUAAUUCUGGUAACUAUUGUAUUACUUUUUUUUUUUUUUUAAGACGUGCACACUUAACAGUUGCCAUGAAAUCAUGAAACACAUACUUUGCAUGACAUUCUGUUGUUGUAUUUAUCUUUCCUACUUUAUUAAGCUAUCUAAACACUUUGGAUGGUGUUCAUCUUGCCUAAAUGUAAACAUCUACAGUGUAGACAUCUACUUUUAAGUUACUUGACCUAUUCUGUCUUUAUAGUCACAAAGAGAAAUACACUUUUUUAGGAAGUCAUUCAUUUGGUUGGGUUGCAAACAUCUGUUUUACUGUGAUGUUAACCAUGCUUUGAAUGUACAUUUUACUUUCCAGGCUUUGCAAAGGAACCUGGAGUGACUAGUUCAGACUUCUAAACAUCAUUAGGCCAGAUAAACUCCUUCUUUUGAGAUUAUGGUGAAAGCAUUUUUUUUCCCUUUUGGACACCAUAUCUGUAUUAAAGCACAGAAACUAAAAGUUGAGUUCAUGCUUUGUUAUGUUUCCACAAUACUCAAUAUAUUGUUACCUGCCCUAUUUGCCUAAAUUAAUAUAUAGUUCAGUGGUUCACUGGACGAAUGAAGUUGUUGACUAUUAGUUUCUGCCAUGAGAUGUUUAACACUAUGGCUACUCAGAACUGAUUUUUCUCCCUUACCUCUCACUGAAAAGGACUUCUUGGAUAUGAUCAUGACAGAGUUAGAAUGCUCAGAGGUUGCUGGACCUGAGCAAGAGCUUAGAAGGGUGAAAAGUGCCAAAGCCAUAGAUUAGUUUCAUACUGCUGAACUGCUGUCCCAGCCAAACUUCCUUCCUUGUCUGCAUAUUCAGUAGUGGAGACAUGGCAUGUGGAUGUCUGUGUAAUUUAAACCAUUGGGUCUGCAGCCGAUUAAUGAUGUAAUCUGUCUCGCCUUGCUUAAAGGAUGUUCAGACUGAUACGCAAAGGAGCCAUGAAACAGCAGAUAUUUUGUUAUGUUAUUUUAAUGAAAAUGUCUUAUGAAUUAGUGGCAGUAUCUUUAAUAAAUGUGUUAUUCUACAUAAUUUUCUGGUGCGUGUCUGUUGCUGUGAAUGACAUAUUCUAGUUAAUACUAUCCUAAAUAUUACUUUGUGGUGCAUCAGGAUACAAUGAGACUUGCACAGCAGGUGGAAAUCAGUGGCAAAGUUUUAAUGUUGCGAUCAAAAUUUGGUCCUGCUCAGAGACCAACAGUUAUUUCCAAGUCUCAGUUACAAUGGAAGGUGUCAGAUAUUUAUUUGAGCUAGCGCAUUAGAAUCCAAGACUUCCAUGUGUGGGAAGGGGUGCGAGAUUUUAGUUCACUCCAUUGGAGAUCUGAAUCCAAAUAUCUGCUACUUAAAUGCUCACUGAUAGAGAAGUAUCAAUAAGAAACAAUAAAUGGUAAUUCUGUGCUCUCUAAUUCAUCCUUGCUGAACAUCUCUGGUAAUUUUGCCACACGGGGUUUAUUUUUGUUAUUUUUUUAUUACAUAUUGUAAUUUCGCUGAAAAGAAAAACCAGUUUUGUGAUUCCUGAUAUUUACCCUAUAGAAGCCUGGAUGGCAGUAUUCAUUUAAAAAAAUAGUAUUAACAUCUCAAUACGAAUGUAUCAAAACUUAAUUGUUAUUUGUCCUUUUUGCAUAUCAUUAGCAUAUGGCAUUUUAUUUCUCUUGACUAGUACUUCCAUGAAACAUUCCAAAUGAACAGUUUGCUGGCAGCUGUUUUAGUGAACGCGUUAUCUUCAAUAAUGCAUUAAAUUAGACUGAAAAGCUAUCUUGAGAGAUGAUGUACUAAAUUAUGGGGGUUUUGUGAUUCAUUAGGCCCAUUUUCUCAGUGUGUAAUGUAUACUUUUUUACAAAGCUGGGCAGAGCUCUACAGGGGGAAGAACCGAGUAAUAAAAGAGGAAACCAGUGGAAUUAAUGCAUAUAAUACAUAUUGAUGAUAUAAAUAUGUAGAUGGCUUCAAAGCUACUGGCACUUAAAAGAACAAGGACUAUCACAAGAACCGUUUUGCUGUAUUGAUAUAUUCUGUUGUAUCCUGUGCAGAUUCUUACAGAACACUCAGUCUGAGCAUCCUCACCUUAGCAGCACUCAAUGCAAGGUGACAAACAUCGGUAACUUUGUCCUCUCAUCCACUUCCUCUUGUAAUAAACAUCUCUGUGAGUUUGGCAAGACACGCUCUCUGUUACUUUGUAGAGCCUCCUUAGCUAGACUUUUAAAGCACUGGUCAACAUCAAAGGAGCUUUGCUUUUAUUCAAUAGGCCAGCUCUAUUUUUUGCUCUUUCGUAUAGAGAGUUGUGUCACAGAAUCAUAGAAUCAUUAAGGUUGGGAAAGACCUCCAAGAUCACCAAGUCCAACCAUCAGGCCAACACCACUGUGCCUACUAAACCAUGUCCUGAACUGCCUUAUCUACACGGUUUUUGAACACCUGCAG